AUGAGAACCGCAAGGCUCUCCAAUGCGGUCUCGACGAGGCGUGUAUAUGGUAUCUCACCGGGAAAUUUCCCCAGUAUCCUCGCAGCACGAUCUCUCGCACAAGCCCAACGCAACCGACGAGCAUUUCCCACGCACUUGAACGCAUUGGCUGUCUUGAUCCCCAAUCAACGCACGUAUGCUACUGAGACUUCCGCAUCUUCUAGUCACAGCUCCGGAGGCACACCAUUACCGCCUCCGGGCUUCGAUGCCAACCAGGCUAGGCAGCCGCUCUCUUCUUCGACGGCGGAAUCGCGGACGGCAGCGGAUCAAGGAGCAGUGACCAAAAAUGUUGCUGGAAGUAAGACGACGAUGUCGGGGGAACCCCAACCGAAAGCUACAUCACCAGAGACUGUUGUUACUGACAGUAAGAAGUUGACGGUGGAGCCGGAGAAGCGAGCCGUGGAGAAAAAGGAGGAGAAGAAGAUGACCCUUGGACAGAAGAUCAAGCAUGAGAUUCAGCAUUAUUGGGAUGGAACAAAGUUGCUUGCCACCGAAGUACGCAUCAGUGUCAAAUUGGCGAUGAAGAUGGCUGCAGGGUAUGAGUUGAGUCGUCGUGAGAACAGACAGUUACAACGUACAGUCAAGGAUUUAGCACGUUUGGUGCCAUUCUCCGUAUUUGUGAUCGUCCCCUUUGCUGAACUGUUACUUCCUAUUGCUCUCCGGAUCUUCCCCAACAUGCUUCCUAGCACUUACGAAGGACAAAAGUCGCGAGACAAGAAGGCGGAAACUCUUCGGGGUACCCGAAAGGAGGUUUCUGCCUUCCUGAAGGACACUUUGAAGGAGACCGGUCUACCAUUGAGUGCGGAAACCGCAAAGAAGGAAGAAUUCACCGAAUUCUUCAAGAAACUCCGUUCAACUGGUGAAUCACCAUCCGAUGCAGAUGUUAUCAAAGUGAUUAAGAUUUUCAAGGAUGACUUGACAUUGGAUAACUUGUCUCGGCCACAAUUGGUCGGUAUGUGCAAAUAUAUGAAUCUGAACUCAUUCGGUACAGAUGCUAUGUUGCGAUACACUAUUCGUCACCGAAUGCGCCAGAUUAAGCGAGAUGACCGAGCAAUUUCAUAUGAGGGCGUGGAUUCUCUCUCAGUGCCCGAGUUGCAGAUAGCUUGCGCGUCGCGCGGUCUGCGUACACAUGGUGUAUCCCCCGGACGUCUCCGAGACGAUCUCUCCAUGUGGCUAGACCUCCGUCUCAAGCAAGGCGUCCCCUCAACCAUGCUCGUUUUGAGUAACGCAUACCAAUACGCCACUCAAUCCAAGGACCCAGAACUAUCCUCUCAAAUCGACGCCCUCCGCUCUGUGUUGUCUAGUAUCCCUGAAGAACUCUUCCAUGAAAUCGAGCUUGAAGUCCACAACGCCGAGGGCGCAGCUACCAACCGACAACGUCUCGAAGUCAUCAAGGAGCAACAAGAAUUGAUUGAAGAAGAAAACACUCAAAACACAGAGCAAGAAGGCAAAGGCGUCGCGGCACCAAAGGAUACGGAGAAUAUCGAUGAUAAGGAAGAUCAUCCGAAGAUCGAGGCGUCGGAUGCGACUACACAGCAGGCUGCUGAGGCCAAUGAAGCUGAGGCCGACCAGGCCAACGCUGAAAGACAGGAUACUCAAGCAGAGAAGAAGGAUGCUGCGACGUCUGCUGAGAAGAAGGAUUAA